ACCUCUAGUACAAAUAUUGUGGCAGUGAUGUCACGUGAUUAGUGUACGACAUAACAGAAAGGUCAACACAUGCUACGCCUCAGGCUAACAUCAACAUGAAGGCUACGAUUGUGCUACUUUGGAGUUUGGCAGUCUGUGUGUGCUUGUACACAUCAGUGGAAGGUGAGUUCAUACUGACAGUCAACUUGGUCAACUACACCAACCCAACCGGAUUGUGUGCUGAAUGUGCUGUUCCACUGAGUUUUGUAGCAAGUGCUGACCAGUUAGUACCAGUGUGCUGUAAUGAUCGGCCACUCAGAAAUACCAACUGUAACAACACAGGAGAGGAGAGAUGUGACACCAGGUUCCGUUGGACCAUCAGACCAUUCAGUACAUCGCUAGAGACAAGAUCCCCCAGUAUGCCCAAUGCUGUCAACCUUCCCUAUUUCUUCACAGACUGCACAAUGUCCCCCAGCACUUGCCCAUUCAGUGAAACAAGCACAACAUUCGGUCAAGGUCCAACAGCACUACUGGGAGUAGCACCCAAUCCUCUACCUGUUUCAAAAGUAGAUUUUACUAUGUGGAAAGGACGAAUUCAGUUCUUCAUAGAAGCUGUGGACAGUAGACUCCCAAACAUAAUAGACAGUCUAUUGAUUGACCUGGACAACCUCCAACUUGGAGCAGACUUCACAGAGGAGAUGACGUUCACUGGAUUUCACAACAUAUCUCAUAUGACCAUGAGUUUCAGAGUCGAGUGCUCUCCAGGUUUCUGUGGAUCUGACUGUAUCACCACGCCUCUGAACAAUCCACGAGUGGUGACAUGUCAAGCUAAUGGCACUCUAACGUGUACUGAUAAUCAAUUAGACCCUUCACCUCUUGUAGCCUGCAACGACUGCCUCUACAACCUGGAUAUUACUACUGGCUGCUCCACUUGUGUACAGACCAACUAUGACCCAGCCACCAAUUGCAUAGCCUGCCUUUCUGGAUACGAUAUUGACCAAAGCUGCUCAACAUGUAUCAAUACAAACUAUGAUCCUGAUAUAAAUUGCUCUACAUGCAUUAUAGGUACAAGAUAUGAUCCAUUGACCAACUGUGCAUCAUGUGUCGACAUAAACUUCAAUCCUUUCGAUGGCUGUACAUCAUGUUUGUUGGAAUUCUACGAUCUACAGGCAAACUGCACCCAGUGCCUUCCCUCUACCAACUGCAUCCAGUGCCUACCCAACAGAGAUCCCUCUACCAACUGCACCCAGUGCCUACCCAACAGAGAUCCCUCUACCAACUGCAUCCAGUGUCUACCAGGCUGGGACAUCACCUCGGACUGCACUAGUUGUCUACCCAACAGAGACCCAGUCACUAACUGCUCCCUCUGCCUACAAUCAGACAGGUUCACUGAUACAGACUGCAGUGUGUGUGCUCUACCAGGAGGAGACCCAGCAACACUCUGUCAAACAUGUUUGGAUAACUUCAAUCCUACCUGCACUGCGUGUGUGGCUAACUAUGAUUUAAACAUGAAAUGCUCAAGCUGUCUGUUUGGCUAUGAUAGUAACCGUGACUGUGUAGUGUGUCUUUCUGAGCGAAACAUAUCCACAAGAUGUACCACCUGUCUGUCUGGAUUCACUGGCAGUAACUGUGAACCUGAAUCUUCACUAAGUGUGGGAGUGGUGGGUGGUAUCGCUGGAGGAGUGGGUGGACUUUUGCUGCUCAUCAUUCUAGUAAUGGCCGUGCUCCUACUUACAGUCCGUAUCAGAAAGAGUGGUAACCAAGACAUCAGUACUGCCACUACUACAGAUAAAGAAGUUACAGAAGUUAUGGAAAUGAAUCAAAACCCCGUGUACAGUAUGAGUACAACUGAAACACCAACUACAGACCAUGAAGCUAACCACACCCACCAGUACGAGACUGUGGACACACCCAUUGAAAUGAAUCAGAACCCUGUGUACAGUGCAACCAAUGCUACUAAUAUUGAAGCUGGCUACUAUGAGAACAAUGGUCUGGGCCCAACAAGAAAUGAGCAGCAACCGGAAUACGAUUAUAUUCAAGUGUGAAUCAACAUUCACAACCUUUAGCUAUGUACACAGACACGAGAACAAACACGUUUACUGUCAUUGUGAUUACUAUAAUAAUUGGCUAUAUAUACUGGGGGU